GUAGUGGAAAAAUAGAAGACAAGGCAGAAUGAAAUGUAUGAGAAGCAUAGACGGUAAUGGGUGAAGUGCUGUGUGUCAAUGCUGUUUGCUGUGGGUCUGGCAGAGACGCCCCUCAAUGUCAACAGGAAGAUUGCUCUGGCUAUGAGGAGUCUCCUAACUUGGAGCUCACAGAUUUCGGUGAUGUGCCAUGCCCGGUACGGUCUCUUCCUCCCCAGUGGUAUCACACAGUCCAAGUGCGAAGAAUACGAUCGCUCAGGGCUCGAAGCAACAGUGAUCCACUACAAGGGAAGAACGUAGGACAGGGAAUUCAGUGGCAGAGGAAAGGCCUGCCAUUUGGCAAUGCAUCUUCCUACUUAAAUCUUGAAAAGCUAGGUGAAGGUUCCUAUGCAACAGUAUAUAAAGGAAUAAGCAGGAUUAAUGGACAACUAGUGGCUUUAAAAGUCAUCAGCAUGAAAGCUGAGGAAGGUGUACCCUUCACUGCUAUCCGAGAAGCAUCUCUCUUGAAGGGCCUGAAGCAUGCAAACAUUGUCCUUCUGCAUGACAUCAUUCAAACCAGGGAGACGCUGACCUUUGUGUUUGAAUAUGUGCAUACAGACCUGUCGCAGUACAUGGCCCAGCACCCAGGUGGACUUUUACCCUACAAUGUUCGACUCUUCAUGUUCCAGUUGCUUCGAGGUCUGGCCUAUAUCCAUCACCAGCACAUCCUACAUCGGGACCUAAAGCCGCAGAAUCUUCUCAUCAGCUACCUAGGGGAGCUCAAACUGGCUGACUUUGGUCUUGCCCGUGCCAAGUCAAUCCCCAGCCAAACAUAUUCCUCAGAAGUGGUCACUCUCUGGUACCGUCCACCGGAUGUGCUUUUAGGUGCCACAGAUUAUUCAUCUGACCUUGAUAUCUGGGGUGCAGGAUGUAUUUUUAUAGAAAUGCUUCAGGGAUAUCCAGCAUUCUCUGGUGUGUCAAAUGCCUUUGAGCAACUCGAGAAGAUAUGGUCGGUUAUAGGGACACCAACAGAAGAAACAUGGCCUGGAGUAUCUCAACUUCCAAACUACAAAGCAGAAUGGCUUACAUUAAGUGGGAAGCAGCCGUUUGGAAAUGUCUGGGACAGACGACCAUCAUUUCCCUUAGAGAGCUUGCCACGGAACGUUGAAAGAUUGAGUAGAACUAUGGGUGCUGAAGAUCUUGCUUAUAGGAUGUUGAAAGGUUGUCCUCGUAAAAGGAUUUCUGCUGAAGAUGCCCUUCUUCAUAAAUUUUUCAGUACAUUGCCUUGUCAACUUUACCAGCUAUCUGAUGUUCGGUCCAUAUUCACUGUACCUGGGCUGAGCCUUAAACCUGAAAUCCGAGAUCUGAUUUUCCCACAUCGGAAGGUUUCUCAGCCAGCCGCACACCAUAAGCCAUGGUGAACAUUACUGAGAUGGACGUUCAGCCGCCAGCUGUUUGCACCCAUUUGAAUGUAUCAGCCUUUCAUCCUACUUUGCACUCGUUCCCCUACCUGCUGCCUUCUUCUUAGAGAAGCCAUCCAGAAAUAAAAGAAUCUUGCACCUUAAAGAAAUAUAAGGCUGCGUCCACAUCUGCAUAUGGCAUUCUGUUCCUACAAAGGAGCAGAAUACGGUAAUUGCCAUAUCUGUAAUAUCCGGGACCACUGCCGGGGCCUGCCAAAUCCCUAUUCAUUAUAAUGGGAACUGUUGUGUUUCCGGCAUGAAUGCCAGCUUUUUACCGGAAAAAUAACACUGCAUGCUGAAUCAGAAUACAGGAAUGCCGUAAGUAGAUGUAGACAUAGCCUAAACCCUGCUUUAUCUAGUCCUCCACAGCAAAAAUGAUUACUUCUCCCACAGUUUUGCUGCUUUCCUAUCGCAGAGACUUAAUGGAAAUGUGACUGCCUAGUAGAUGUUGAUCAGUAGUACAGAUAUUGAUUCAGAAUAUCAUCAUAUGUUAUGCCCAAAUGAAUGGGGAAUGUUAUAGAGACAGGUCUCUUCUGCCUUUUACCUGCAGAUCAUGAUAUUUCUGGAUUGAAAUUAGAAUUUGAGUCUUAGAAAUGUUCACUUUUUUAACAGAUCUAGUACUGAUUACUAAAACUUUGCUGUACAUUGAAAUAUAAAGUCGAAAAACCGCUGACAUCAUAUAAAAUAAACUUA